AUGAUUUAUGAUCCGAAUACGCUUUCAAAUAUUAACGAAGUCAAAACUACCCAUAUUGACUUAAAUUUUAAUGUUGAUUUUGAACGUAAAAUUAUUGAUGCACUUGUUACUCUUAAACUUGUUACACUUGUCGAUAAUGUCGAACAAGUUAUUCUUGAUACUAGAUGUUUGAACAUUAAAUCUGUUUCUUGUUCCGGUGUGCAAUUGAAACAUCAAUUGGCAGAUAGAAAUGAAAAAUUCGGUUCCGCUUUACAUAUUCAAUUAAAUAAUAAAUUAUCAGCUAAUACCGAAUUCGACUUAGUUGUUAAUUACAACACUUUGGAACAAGGAACUGCUGUUCAAUGGCUAGAACCUAUUCAAACCACUGGAAAGUCACACCCUUACUUGUUUACUCAAUGUCAAGCUAUUCAUGCUCGAUCUCUUUUGCCAUGUCAAGAUACACCCGCAUUCAAAAUUUCCUACAAUGCUAUUGUUGAAGUUCCAACACUUUUACGUGCUUUGAUGAGUGCUAUUGAAGUUGGUGAAACAAUAAAUGUACAAAAUAAUACCAAGAUUUAUAAAUUUGAACAAACCAUUAAAAUUCCAUCAUAUUUGAUUGCUUUGGCAGUUGGUAAUUUAGUGGGUAAAGAAAUUGGUCCUAGAUCAACUGUAUGGACCGAACCGGAGGUAAUUGAAAGUGCUGCUUCGGAAUUUGAAGAUACUGAACAAUUUAUCGCGAUUGGAGAACAACUUCUUACUCCUUAUGAAUGGAAAAAAUACGACCUAUUGGUUCUUCCUGCAUCAUUUCCUUAUGGAGGAAUGGAAAAUCCCUGCCUAACUUUCGUGACUCCUACAUUAUUGGCUGGUGAUAAAUCACUUGUAGAUGUUGUAGCGCAUGAAAUCUCUCAUAGUUGGAUGGGAAAUCUUGUAACAACCUCUAAUUGGGAACAUUUUUGGCUUAACGAAGGCUGGACUGUAUUCAUUGAACGAAAGAUUAUGGGUCGUUUGCAUGGUGAUAAAGAAAGUGAAUUCGAUGCAAUCAUUGGGUGGAGGUCAUUGGAGCAAGAUAUUAAACUUUUCGGACCAGAUAAUGCCUUGACAGCAUUAACUCCCAAAUUGAAAGACGUAGAUCCUGAUGAUUCCUUCUCUUCGGUUCCAUAUGAAAAAGGAUUCAAUUUUCUUUAUCAUAUUCAAAAGGUCAUUGGUGGACCUGAAUAUUUUGAGCCUUAUAUGAAAGCUCAUGUUCAAGAAUUUGCUGGAAAAUCAAUUACUACUGAUGAUUGGCGAAAAUUUUUAUACUCUUUUGUGGAAAAAAAUUUUCCUGAAAAAAAAGCCGCUCUGGAUAAUAUUAAAUGGGAUGAUUGGUUGCAUGCACCUGGAAUGCCUCCAGUCAAAAAUGAAUUUGAUCAAACGCUUGCAAAAGCAUGCAUUGAGUUGGCCGAAAGAUGGAAUUGUGCUCGAAAUAAUAAAGCUUUUGAUGAGUUUUCAUCUGCUGAUAUUGAAAAUUUUACUCCUGGACAAAAAAGAUGGCAACAAGUCUGUUUAAAAGCGGAUUAUGAUCCCAUUUUCCCUUAUGUUGUUAAGUUUGUAACAGAGCAAGGUAGAAUGAAAUAUGUCAGACCUUUGUAUAGGUUAUUGAAUCAAACAACGAAUGGUUCAGAAUUGGCAAAGAGUACUUUUAAAAAUAAUAGGUCGUUUUAUCAUCCUAUUGCGGCAGCCAUGAUUGAAAAGGACAUUCUAAAGGAAUGUUAA